UUGACGGUUUGAUCAAUAUUUUCUUUUUCUUUUUUUGGUUACACUGUCGAUCGCAAUCACCGCUACAAAAUGGACCUUUGCUUGAUAAUGGAGAGAUAGAAAACCAUAAAAUAAUGACACCUUUUGAGUACUGGUGUGCUGUCUGUUUCUUCUCUCUCUUUCACACAGUAGAGUGAAAAUAUAUACUCUCUCUUCCACACACUCAUGCCCUUUUUGUCUUUCCCUUUGUUGUUAAGUCUUCCUUUCUUCUGCUUCACCUAACCUCCAAUGGCAGCAACUGCAUCUACAGACUAUUCCCAGCAACCCCAUUUUGUUGUUCCUCAAAGAGCUUCAACAGUGAAGCAGCAGCAGCGUUUGAGUAAGUCUCGCUCUGACAUUUUCUUGAAAUCUGUACUAGUCAUGAUUGUUCUUGUUGUUGUUCCGCUAUUUCCUUCCCAAGCUCCUGACUUUAUAACUCAAAGUAUAGUAACUCAGUUCUGGGAGCUGUUUCAUCUUUUGUUCAUUGGCAUUGUUGUGUGUUAUGGUUUGUUUUGUAAAAGAAGUAGUUGCAAGAAUUAUGCUGAAACACAUUCAAGAUUUGAUGGUUCAGAUGCAUAUGCUUCUGGGAUGUCUAAUGUAGUUUCAAUCUUUGAUGAUGGGCUUGAGAAUUAUUGUGGGUCUGAUGAGAAAAGAAUGAUCCCAAAUUGGGAUUCUCAAUUCUUGAAUCAUGAAGGUAGGGAACAGGAAAGGUUUGAGCUUGUUGAGGGUCAAAGAAGCAGAUCUUUUUCAGGUGAAAAUGGGGCUGAAAUUUUAUGUGGGUCUGAUGACAAAAGAGUGAUCCCAAAUUGGGAUUCUCAGUUUUUGCAUUAUGAGUACGGGGGUCAAGAAAGGUCUAAUCUUGAUGAAGUUGAGAAAAGUAGAACCUUUACGGAGAUAGGUGGGGUCGAAAAUACAGAGGUGUUUAAUGAGAGGGAAGUAGCUCAAGUUUGGAAUUCACAGUACUUUCUAGGUGAAUCCAUGGUGGUUGUUGCCAAUGGGAACUAUGGGGUUGAAAAGGUAUCCCACAUUGACCAUAAACCUUUAGGCUUGCCCAUUAGGAGCCUGAGAUACAGAGUUAAUGCUGAAAACUCUGAAUCUAUUGUUGAAGAUACUGUGAAUUCAGGGAGUUCGUCUGGUUGUAAUGGUUAUGAAGUUAGUGAGGAGAACAUAAGAGGUAUGGCUUCAGUCAAUUUGAGGAGCAAGUUUGAGGAAGCUUCUGGACCUCGCCAAGUUUCAUGGCGCUCGAGGUCUCAGAGGAGGGAGCUAGAAGAAGUGAAUACAGUUAGACCGCAUUCACAUUCUAGACCUCACUCGGUUGGACAAUUGGAGUUUGGGUAUCUCAAGUCUAGGUCAUUCAAUAAACCGGUAUCCUCUCGGACUAGUCCUACUUCUUGUUCACCAAGUAUUACCUCACCUUCAUCCUCUUAUUCUUCAGAAAAUGAAAGUGGAAAAUUGCCACACACUGAGCCACAUUAUGCAUUUGAGAGUAUGCCCAUCUCAACUUCACAACAGACAGGAGCAUCCGUUGGAGAAUCAGCAGUUUUAACUUCAAAUGUCAAACAAUCUAGCAAUGAGUCAUGUUCAGAAAUGAAUGUGCUGCUGAGAGAUGACUAUGAAGAGGAUGAAAAAAAGAUGAAAAUGUAUCCUUCCAGCACAGAAACAUGUCAUGUUCAAGGUCAUCCACAUUCUAAGUCCCACUCUGCUGGAGAAACUGAGUCCGAGCAUCAAGAGCCAUGGUCAUUCUGGACUCGUGUACGCGCUCAAAUUAUUCCCAAUUCUUCUUCUCCCAGAACAAUCUCACCAAUAUCCUCUUCCUCUCCAGAGAUGCCAAACUCCAGAAAGCAAGACCAUGAGAGACUCAAGAAUGUCAAGCCUCCACCCAUCCAAGUGAGUCAACCAACAGCGAGAUCAAUAGAUGAUGCAGCUGCAUUUGUUGCUUCAAAGGCUCAACGAUCUAGUGUUGGUUCUUCCUCAGAGUUCGAUACACUUCGGACAUCUAAAGAAAAAUUGAAGGAUGUUGCACCUGUGAAUGGUGAAGCAACACAUCAUAUCUCAAAGUCUCGAGCAUUUAGCAUUGGUUCUUCUUCAGAAAUAACCAUGCAAGAAAGUUCAAAAGAUAAAUUGGAGCAUGUCAAUAAGGAUCUUAAACAGGAUUCUUCGUACACACGAAAACAAAGUGUCAACUCCUUAGUCUCGGACAUGAAACAGCAGUCACCUGUGAAUAAUUCAUCAAGGGGAAAAUCAGUCAGAACAUUUAGAUCCCGAAGAAGUUACAUUGAUAGAUCAAAAAGAAAGGUUGAUUGUCCAAAAGAAGGUGGAGAUGUAAACGAGAUACGUUGUAAUCAAUUUGACACAACAUCAUCCUUUAAAUGCAUUAAUCGAAAAGGGGAUUCAAAACCACCAGUCAAUUCUAGAGAAGGCAUUAUUGACAACAGUGGGCCAAUUCCAAGCUCAGCAUUCUUUGAAAGUGAGCCUGAAGCAAAGCAACAUUUUACGAAUACAGACAUUAUGGAGGCCAAGGGGAACUCAGAGACUGUGCUAACCAAUUCUCACAUGAGUUCAGAUGAAGAAGCUGACUUUGACCUUGCUGAUGAUGUGGAUCUGGGAAGUGAGGUUGAUAGAAAAGCUGGUGAAUUCAUUGCCAAGUUCAGAGAACAGAUUAGGCUUCAGAAAAUUGAAUCAUUUCGACGGACCAGUGCUUAGUUGCUACCACUCUAUCUUGAGGGUAUAUAGUGAUUCUAGUAUGCUAAAGAAGGAUGUCUUCCCUUGUUUAGUGGAAACUGUGAAAAUUGAUCAUUUGUUUAUAUGUUAGCCUUUCUUUGUGUAAACAAACACUUCGAGUGUUCUUAGAAAAAACCUGCUCAGGUGUGUAGGAGGGACAAUUUCUUGCAUCCUUCCCUUCUUGGAAGAGAAAUCAGCAGUCUAUUGGAAAACUAUCUUUAGAUGUUUCCAUCAUUUUAACUUUCAUUUUACACAGAAUUCAUGUAACCUUGCAAUUCAUAAUUCAAGAUUGUGUUCAAUUUUUAUUUUCA